AUGGCUUAUUUAAAGAGUAGUGUACACCGCUCCGUUGCUCCUCCAACACUAAAGGUAGCACCACAUGUUAAGGUUAGACAGAUAAUGGCAAUCACAUCAACCACACUAGAAUUGGCCGCUUUCGCGCUUCCACAUUUUACAAGGUCGCAACACCAAAACCCAAUUUAUCCAAUUAACCUAUUCAGUCACAUUACUCCACAUCAGAGGGAUGUCCUUUCGGUGUGA